CUUUGCGUACUCUCGAAUAAAACACACUACACACUGGUAACAUUUUUUUGCUUAGCAUAUAGUGCAGCCAAGAAGCCAACAUUCAAUGCAACAACAAAAAGACGACACAUAAGACCGUCAAAAUUAGCGCAGGAGCUUCCAAUCGGCCACUGCUGCGCAUUUGUUAUUGAUUUUUGGAGAAAGUUUGACGGGGUGCUCCGUUCCUCUCUGCAGCUAUUGCUGCCGGAAGAGCUAAGCAGGAUGAUCACGGUGUAUGACUGCCGCUUCGAAAACAGGCCGGUUCGCAAGAAAACCCUGGAAAAAAGCGGUUUGAGCCUAUAUACCUUUCUUCAUCGGGUACACGAGGAAUUUUCUAUCCCUAAAUCAGAAAUAUUUUUCGUGGUAACAACUGACAGAACAGUUGUAGAUGAUGCCAAGUUUGAGGAGCUUCAGGAUUCCAGCACCAUCUACUUGUUGCAAAACAGGCAACAAGCCCUGCCAGUGGCAACUGAGGAGACCAUCAACUUUAUUCCUCACUACAACACACUGCUGGAGAGUGGAACGUUUGAGUACAUUGCCGAGGGCCAGCAAGGACUGUCCUGUGCUCUCGCUGAGCUGGUGGACAACUCCCUUUCAGCAACCGCUAAAAAUGAAGGAGUCAGAACGAUAGAGAUCCGGCUGCUGUUUGACAAAUCUGCAGUCAUCGUCUUGGAUAACGGGUGCGGGAUGACAACAAAGCAGCUCAAUAACUGGGCCGUGUACAGGCUGUCUAAGUUCACGAGGGAAAACAGCACAUUUAAAAGUGAAAGUGAAGGAUAUGUUCGUCCUAAACCAGUACCUCGCAGUCUCAACAGUGACAUAUCCUACUUUGGAGUUGGGGGCAAACAAGCAGCUUUCCACAUUGGGGACUCAGUCAGGAUGAUCAGCAAGUCAGUCAACUGUCCAGAUGUUCAUGAGCUGGUUCUAUCAAAGGAGGAAUUCCAGAAAAAAGAGCGGAACAAAGAAGAUGUUUUCGAAGGGACCAUGUUAAACAGGAAGCCUGGUGACUAUUUACACAUAACGAACAACGAGGCGUUCCUUCGAGACGUUAUUAAGGAGGAAACUACGAAGGACAGCUUCACUGCUGUUGUCAUCACAGGAGUCUCUCCUAAACACAUAAACUACCUAAGACAAGGCUUUGAGGAGUGGACCAGACAGCUAGCGCACAUUUAUCAUUAUUACAUUCACGGAUUUGAUGGAAACUGUAAGACAGACAACUCGCAAAGAUCAGACGCCGGUCCGCGGAUUGAUAUUCUGGCAACUUUGGUUGAAAAACCUCCUAAAACUCCACGUUCAAAAAAUCUCAGACAAGUGGAUGAUGACAUGCAGACCAAAUACAUAAACUCAGCUGUAGACACAUUUAAAUUCAUGGCCACCACUCCAGACGGCGGCCUCGUAGAAGGAGCCAUAAGAUAUCAUCCAUUCCUCUACGACAGGGAGACCUAUCCCCAAGAUGUGAAUCUUCAUCAAGGACCUGCUGAGGAAAUUGAUGAUGAGAAUGAGUCUGGAACUGUCAAUCAGGCACGAGGGAAAAGGGACAUCUUUGAAUGUUUCUGGAACGGCCGGCUCAUCCCUUACACCACAGUUUCUGAGUUUGAUUGGUGCCGUCGGCCCAGUAAAGGUACAUCGGUCCCAGCAGAGUGUUACAGCCGUUUCUCUGGAGUACUUUUCACUAAUGACAAAUUCCAGGUCAAUUCGAGCAAACAGAAGUUUAUGGACUUGGAGCUGAAACUGAAGGAGAAGGAUACGCUGUUUACUCCUGUUUUUAAUGUUCAGAAAGCCUCAAAAAAUCGGAACCUCCAGAAAGAGUUCACCCAGUGGCUUCAAAAAUGUCACGAGCAGUUUGAUAAGCAGGUGAAAUUCAUUGAUUACAAAGGGACCGAGAUACGAAAAGACAUGCCGAAUAAGAAGAUGCCGCAUCCCUGGGCUAUAUUCUCCUCUAUUGAGUUAGAUGGCAAAAUAUACAAAGAAGGGCAAAUUUUAAAGUCUCAGAAGACAUCCCCUAUUCUUUAUGGCACGGUGGUGAACUUUUUUCUGUGUGGCGAUCAUAAAGGAGACGUGUUUGCCACUGGCGGAGAAGUGGAAAUCAAACAUAAGCCAGAAGGACUUUAUGAGGAACUCACCAAGGUCAUACCUAUUACUAAGAUUGACAGGACGGCCACAGAUGAGGACAUCAAAACACACAUUGAGAAUGAAAGGAAAAAGCUGCCAGGACACCUAAAAGUUGACUGGCCGGAAGGCGAGCUUGAAAAUGCUGUUUUACUCGCUGGGAAUCCUUUAGGACCUCUCAAAGUUCAAAUCGUAAACAGUGAUGGAGUCCCCAUUUCAUCCAGAAUACAUGCAGGGGGCCAGGGGGCAGGGAUAAAGCUAGGUGUUUUACUCAGGGUGGUGUACAACGGUGCUACAAUGGACGAAUCAAUGGAUGAAGAGGUUUUUACUAUCAUAGCCCCCUACGUAGUUAAACAUAAUGGACACUGGUUCAAAAAAAUUGAAAAUUUGUCCCGCCUGGGGAAGUACACACUGACACUAAAUGCUGUGGUAAUUGAAAACGAAGCCACAGACUUCGGCGGCAGAGAGCUUCCAAGCUACGAGCACAAGUUUACAAUCAAAGAGGGAAAUGCUGAGAGCUUCACUGUUACUGAGUUGAGUCCCUCUCAGCACGUGGGAGUGCCAUUUAACAUUCCUCUGCAGAUAAAAGAUCGUUAUGGCCAUCCCACAAAACCUCCUCCUAAACUCCAACCUGUUCUUCAGUGCAGUGGUCUGGAACUGAAUUAUGAGAAAACAACUUGCAGUGGGAUCCUUUUAACCAUUAACGGGGUCAAAGCCAAGGGAAGACUCCCACAGUAUCAACAAGACAGGAGUUAUGAUCUGAAUGUGAUACUACCUGGGCUUAAAAAUGAUAAACAGACUGUCAGGAUCAUUUUUUUCCCUGGGAAGCCCCAUUCACUUCAUGUAAAAUCUAAAACAAACCCAGUGGAGAAUGGAAACCCGGUCAGUUUUGAGAUUGAAGUCCAUGAUGAGGCUGGAAACAUCACUGCCAACCCCAAACAGAAAGUUCACUGCAAGAUUUCUGGGCUGCUGUCAGUGAUGAAAGACUGCAGCACAGGAAAAAUUGUACUUGACACAAAGCCUAUAAACCAGAAAAUUGUCAAUGGAGAGCCACAAAUGCUCAAAGCUACAUUUGACUUGCCUAGUCAUCAGCAGGUUGCACCAGUAACAACAGAGCUGAUGGUCACGCCCAGCAGUCGGAUCUCUCGGAUGGAGCUCUUCUACCAGGAUGAGGAAAAGCUGGAGUUCAGGAACAAUGAAACGAUAAAGUGGCAAGCUGGGGAGGUGCUGAAGAACCUUUUUUAUAAGCUGUAUGACGAGGCUGGAAGAGAGGUCCCAAUUACUGCUGAAAUAGCCUCCCAUAUUGAGGUUACGUGGGGAAAAAAUAUUGAUCAGAGAGAUUUCCCAAAGGGCAGGCUACCAGAUCUACAGGUUCCCACUCAUGUGGAUGAGGAGCAUUUCUGCCAGGUCUCCUACCUGGACAAGAACGUCUCCUCCUGUUUCAAAAUCAUACCUUUGCCCAACGAACCAGCCCGGCUAAAAGCAACUCCUCUGCAAAAUGCAGUGAAGCUUGGUGAAACUUUAUCUGGAAACAUCAAGUUAGAACUCAUGGACAAGUAUGAAAAUAUAACAAGGAAGCUCACUGCCACUUGUACAGAAUCCUUUUCUGUGGAAGCUGAGGGUCUUGACAAAACGAACAUCAGCUUCAAAUGGAUGGAGAGCAACCAUUCUAUCGAGGUGACUGGAGUCCGUUUCCGCUCGGGGUCUCUUGGGUCCAGAGAGAUUUGCUUCAGCUACAAAGACUUUACAGAAAGUGUCAUCCUUAAAGUUACACCAGGUGUCCCUUCCCAGCUUAAACUGGUCAGCGGUCCGGAGCAGCCCUUGCAGGUUUUGAAUGGUCACAAUAUUCCCGAACCAUUCAUUAUACAACUGUGUGAUAAGUGGGGAAAUCCUUCCCCUGACCAGAACACCAAUGUUAAGAUAGAAUGUCCGUCGUCCUUGAUGCUAAAGCUCACAGCAAAUAUUUCAAUGCCUGUGGAUGCAGAGGGGAAAGCCUGCUUUGUGGUUAAUACUGUGAAAGGAUCAAAGGGGCACUAUACGCUGCAGUUUGAAGGUUCCUUAAAUGACAAAUACAUCCCUGGCCCAUCUGUGAACCUCACUCUUCUCCCUGAUCCCAACAAACCUGUUAGACUCUCAGUGGACUACGAUACAAGUGCCAGGUUUCCCGCGGGAGGCAAAUUUCCAGUUUUCUCAGUGACAGUGUUUUCUGAUGAAGGGAGUCCGAUGAAAACUUUUAAACCUGCAGAUCUGUCCAUGUUUCUGUGGGAGGGAGUGUCAACAGUGCCCCCUGAAGCAGUCACUGAACUAAAAUGCAGAAAACCUAUUGAAGAGGAGAGGAAGAACUGUUAUGAAUUUAGAGAGGAAGAAAUCCCGGCACGUGUUGGGGAGUACACCAUUGAGUUUUCUCUAAAACCCGACAAAACAGAAGACCAUCUUAGACAUCAGAUCACAGUACUGGUUGUGGCCAAUGAACCCGUCAAACUGGAACCCGACUGUCAGCCACCAACUCCCGUUGUUUUCUACUGUACAGACAUCACCAAUCGACUCUUGGUUGAAAACAUGACUUUGAAGAUAACGGAUCAGUUUGGUAAUUUAGCCGGGCAGGGUCUGAACGGUACGGUGUUCAUCUCAAUAAAGUGCCCUGAAGGAGGAAGAAACAGAAGCCUCCCUCUGUUUGAAGGAAAGACCAGCACCCUUCACAUAAGCUUAAAGGAAGGAAGUGCGCACAUCAAUAGAUUGGCAAUCAUGGAGAACAGUCCUGGUGAGAAUGGAAGCAGAUAUAUUCUCCUCUUCAGGCCUGAAGUGACGGUGCCUCCCACCUCUCUGACUCCUUUUGAGCUGCCCUUCCAGUUUUACAAUGAUGCCGAGAACCAGCAAAAAAAGUUUGAACUUAUGAGGAAGAAGGAUGAGCUGACUAAUGCUGCUAAAAAUUGCGAGGUUUUAAGUGAAUCAAUUCGCAAAAAAAGAGAUGCGUUUGAAAAUAAAGUGAAAGAUGCUGAUCAGAAAGAGUUUUCUCUCAGAAAUGAGCUGAACAAAAGAGGCGUAAACAUAGAACACCCAUCAUCAAUCACUGCUAUUGAGGAAUGUCUAAAAGAAAAGACAUUAGAGGUGGAAAAAAUGGAGAAAGUUCGCAGACGAGUCUGUUCCAUUUCUAACAGAUUCAGCGGGCCCGAUGUUCUUGGAAUGGUUGGCCACCUGGCCUUUGUUGCAGAUGAUGAUGCUGCAAGGCUGAUCUCCUGGCAACUGCAGGGAGACAUGGAUUGUGUCAUCACCACAACAACAGAAGCAGCUCAUAACAUCUACAAGGACUCAGGUGGAAAUCAGCAGGUCACGGCCUUCGACAGUAUUCACGUGCCACAGGAAAACCGACCCAUGCCUCACAUAAGAAACGGCCAUGAACUUUUUAAACCUCCCGGGAACCCAACCUUUGCCAGGGACCUGCUGACUUAUCCCCACAAACAGCAGAGUUGUGACACCGAUAAAGUGAAAAAAGUGUUUGAAACCUUCCUCGGUGAUACCAUCCUGAUGGAUGACUUGCACUCGGCCACCAGCUACAGGAGAGAGGUUGUGAAGAACGACAUAUCCUGUCCCACCAUACUGACCCGACAGGGGGACCGGCUCAGUGCGAGGGGCAAAUUUGGCGGAGCACAGAACAGAGCGCCAUCGAUUGACAAGUUAAAAGUGUUUGGAGCUCCUCUACCAGAACGCUACUACUUACUGAAGGAACAAAUAGAUGGGCUUCGGUCAUACCGUGCAGCAGUGGAAGACAAACAGAAAGUAGAAAAGGAUCAUAAGGACCACUCAGUGAAAUGGGUCAAUGAACUGCUCCAAAACGAAACCAAGAAAAAUGGAUUUACCAAGGAGCUACAAGACAUUGACAGACAACUUGAGUCAGCAUCAGUGAGACCAGGGAAACGAGGUGCUGAAAACUCUGCAGAGUCGCCCGGCAUCGUUACAAAGCGUCCAAGACGGAACUCCGUGUCGAGAAACCUUUUAACUUAACUCGAGAUUUGGCAAAAACAUCUUGUUGUUAAUUUAAAUGUUAUUAUUUUGUUAUUAUAAUUUUUGUUUGAAUUUAUUUUAACUAGUUUCCUUGUUCUUUUGGUGUUGUGUUAUGGUAAUUUUCAAAAAUUGCAAUAAAUCACAUUAAAGUUG